CUUUUAUCUUUCUUAUUCAUCUUUCAGUUCAUAGGCUUUGAAACUCGUCUUAUUGGGCCGUAUUUGGACAAAGCCCAUUACGUUAAACCCUUGGCUUCAGUCUCUGUUUCUUCACUGACCACCACCACGGCGGCAACUCACCGAUCAAUCAAUUCUCCCCCGCUGCUUAUCUCACCGUACCUAUCUCCGUAGCUCGCCGGAGCUCCAUCAAGAAACAAAAAAUGACGUGGCUGAGCCGAGCGGUUCCUCUCCGAUACUUAAUAUCCAACCGAAGACUUCAAAAACCGCCAUGGAUGACAUACCCAGCUGCCUUCUACUCAGAUUCCACGGAGAAGAAAGGAAAAGUCACGCCUUUGCAGGAGACUAGAAUGAGAGAUAGGUUUACUCUGUACGCACGUGGCGGCGAAGGUGGCAAUGGUUGUUCCAGCCUCCGCCGUAGCCGUACUGAUCGCUUCGGAAAACCUGAUGGUGGAAAUGGUGGGAGAGGAGGUGAUGUGAUCUUAGAAUGCACACACGCUGUUUGGGACUUCAGCGGAUUACAACCUCAUGUUAAAGGUGGGAAAGCUGGACAUGGAACUUCCAAGAACAGGAUUGGUAACAGAGGAGAAGACAAGGUUCUGCAAGUCCCCAUUGGGACAGUGAUUCAUCUACAAGAGGGUGAGCUUCCAUCUCAGAUCCAAGUCGGCUCUCCCAAGAGUUCGGAUCCAUGGGACCUUCCUGGCACACUCGUUGAUGACCCUGCAUCAGAUGAAAACUCUGACGUAGAUCAAGAUUCUUCUGUUGUUUCUGAAUCCGAGGAAGAGAGCGUAGCAGCAUCAGCAUUACAUGUAGGCACGGAAGAGGAAACUGAUUUUGAAGAAGGACAAGUCAGGUACAACGUCGCGGAACUAACAGAAGAAGGUCAGAGCAUAAUCAUCGCACGCGGCGGCGAAGGAGGUUUAGGUAACGUCUCCGCUACACGUUACUUAAGAGGCACCAAGUUCACUAAAACCUCCACAUUGAGAACAAUGGAGGGUGACUCUGAUGAUGAAGAUGGUAAUGGUAAUGGUCAGCGCACGAGUAUUAAAUGCGGCUCGCUCGGUACAGAGUCUGUCCUGAUACUAGAACUUAAAAGCAUCGCCGACGUUGGCCUGGUCGGGAUGCCAAACGCCGGAAAAAGCACGCUCCUCGGCGCGCUCUCGCGCGCCAAGCCACGUGUAGGCCACUACGCGUUCACGACGCUCCGUCCCAACUUAGGAAACGUGAACUACGAUGACUUCUCAGUCACGGUAGCUGACAUUCCAGGGCUGAUCAAAGGAGCUCAUCAGAACAGAGGGCUAGGGCACAACUUCCUCCGCCACAUAGAGCGAACCAAAGUGCUGGCUUACGUCGUGGACUUGGCCUCGGGGCUAGACGGCUGCGAAGGUGUGACGCCGUGGCAGCAGCUGAGGGAUCUUGUGAUGGAGCUUGAGUACCAUGAAGAAGGGUUGUCGGAUAGGUCGUCUUUGAUCGUGGCGAACAAGAUUGAUGAGGAUGGUGCGGACGAGAGGUUGGAGGAGCUUGAGAGGAGGGUGAGAGGAGUGAGGAUAUUUCCGGUUUGUGCGGUUCUUGAAGAGGGUGUGGAUGAGCUGAAAGAUGGUUUGAAAAUGCUUGUUAACGGUGAGGGAUCAGAGAGAUUGAAGUUGGAGAACAUCUCUGUUGACUAGUUUAGGUUUUGUAUCUCUGUUGAGUUAUUACUAUUUUUUUUGAAAUUAUAGGCCACAUUAUUACGUACGUUAAUCCAAUGCGCCACCAUACAUAUAAUAUGAUCUGGAGUUGCAUAUGUGAUAUGAACUUUCACUUUAUCCAAAUCAAUCUUUAUAUAUUUAUUUUUUGUCAAGAACAAAUUUUAUCAUAAUAUUUUGAUUAGUUGAAGAACGUAGACAAGUAUCCUGGGUCAUGGACGAUCUAAUAAGAGAAAUAAAAAGUAUUUUAUAUUUCUGUAUUGUCAAAAUAAAAGGUAUUUUCUCCAGCAAAAAAUUACUAUGUCAGGAAUGUGAAAGAGGCAUGAUUCAUGCCUCUUAUUUUGGUCGGCUGCCGUUUACAAAUAAAAUCGUAAUUCUUUGUUGCGUAUACGACUUUUUUCUUAUUCCCAAUAAUUUGACGUGCUCCAUAUAUUUUUGAUACUGGUCGAACAAAUCUAAGAUAGUUGAAAAAGAAAUCAGUAGACAAGUUGGUGUUAUUUAACCUCAAUAUUUUUUUAAAUGUUAAUUCUUAUUUUUAUUUAGAUGCUUAACUGCAUCAAAUGAUGUAUUUUAGAGGCAAAUAAAUUUAACAAGUUUAAAAGACAAUAUUUUAGUUUAAGAAAAUAUUUAUCAGAUUCUCACUAUAAUAAUUUAAGGACUUUGAUAAAAUAAAUGAAAACACUACGAAUUUGAUGACCUUUCUUGGUUGCAAUCCUUGUUCGAAACUACGCUAGGCGUAACGCGUUCGGUCGGGUGACGCCUAGCGCCGAAUCAAUAAAUCGGAGAAUAUACGGGGAUUAAUCGGGGAUUUAUUUUAGGGCAUUUUUAUAUUAUUUUGAAUAUAUUUAAUAUAUUGCUACAGAUUACAAGAGAUUCAUGGUGGUGUGGUGGUUUAGUGUUGUUUAUUAACAACUCCCAACUCUGGUUCGAGGCAAAUUCAGUGCGAAUUAAAUGUAUUUUCGAGUUUUCAUUUAAAGAGGGGUAAUUUCGUCAUUUAACAGUUAUCUUCUUCCUAUAGGGUUUAUUUCUCUGCAAUUUUAAUCACGACGGCUGCUGAUUUUUUUUCUCGAUCUUCCAUCUUCUCCUUGUUUUUUCUUGCUGUUUUAGCACCUAUGUCAUAGAUCUUACGUAGAACAUUUGGUUUCUGGGUUAAAAAGAACAAAAACUUGAGAUUUAUCCUACCAUCCGAUUUUUUCACCCGAUUAGAUUGAAAUCGCCACGGUCCACAGCCGUUUAACGUUUAUCCGCCGCGUUCUCGGACCAAGCCGCCGCGUUUUAGAACAAGGGUUGCAAUGCUUAAUGCUCUGUGUGGUAGAUAACUUCUUCCAAGAGAAUUUAUUUGAUUCUAUCCAUACACGAAAUGACACGUGUGUGGUGGAUACAAACACUGAAUAUUUCUCUCUUUUUUGGCAUCUAUAUUUCUCUUCUUCUAUAAAUAGUGGCAGUUCCAUAUGUUCAAACCACAGCAAAUAAAAGCAUCAAAAGAAGAAGACAAAAAACAAAUUUCAAGUUUUAAACCAAAGAGAAGUAAGAGAAGCAAUGGCAGGUUCUAACUGUGGAUGUGGUUCCGCUUGCAAAUGUGGUGACUCUUGCAGUUGCGAGAAGAACUACAACACGGAGUGCGAUAACUGCAGCUGUGGAUCAAACUGCAGCUGUGGCGACAGCUGCAGCUGUUGAAGGUGUUGUGGUGUAGAUCACAUGCAUGCAUGAAAACUGGGGGAAAAGUGUUUAUGAUGUUAAGAGAUAUGUGUGUGUUUGAAUAAAGGUUUGGCAUGAUGUUGCCUUGUUGUCUAAUAGCUCUCUUAACCUUGACUUUUUCUCUGUAUUUGGUGUUUAUUGUGUAAUGUUUUCAUUUGUAACGUAAGAAAAAAAAAUAUCUAUUGACUUUUGUGAUUAUAAAAAUAUUAAGAUUUGUCUA